CAUCACGUUUAGUCUUAUUUCAGUCCGAUGCUCUGACAGUCAGCAGCAAGACACCAUGGACGUCACAGCUCUCUGCAUCAGACUGUUGAUGAAGGUGUUGGUGGUGCAGCUUGCACAUGUUCAGAACAGCUACUGUGCUCAAGACAAUGAUGCAGCUUUUCUUCGUGUUCUUCCAAACAGACUGCAGUUUUUUGAAUACGAGUUCAUCUCUUUUAAUUGUGAGUUUGGAGGCUCAGCUGAAUGGAGAGUGAUGAGGACACUCCAGGAAAUCACCCCAACAAACAUUUCUAAUUGGGAAACAUCAGCUGGAUCUGGCACCAUCACUCCGGCCUUUUCAUCAGACAGUGGAGAAUACUGGUGUGAAGAUGGAGAUGGACGUAGAAGCGAUGCUCUCAACAUCUCAGUCACUGCUGGUUCUGUAAUCUUGGAGAGUCCUGUCCAGCCUGUGACUGAGGGAGACCAUGUGACUCUGAAAUGUCAAAAGAAGAAAGAUUCAGGUCAUCCCAUCGCUGAGUACUAUAAAGAUGGCCUCCACAUCAAGACUGUCUAUGAAGGAAACAUGACCAUCUUCAAUGUCUCUGCAUCAGAUGAAGGCUUCUACAAGUGUUACAUAUUUGGAGCUGGAGAGUCACCGGAGAGCUGGCUGGCUGUCAGAGGAUCUUUUGAAGAUGCUCGUGCUGGUCACUCCCCUAAUCUCCUCACCCUGCUUUCACUGCUGACACUGCUGCUGUUGGUGUUGGGAGUCUGCAGGAAACACAAAGAACCAAAAGUGCCCGAAGCAACUACCAAGCCACGUCUACCAGAAGAGAGCGCUGUCUAUUCUACAGUCUACUAUAGGAAACGUGUCUUAUAGGCCACAAGAGCAGGAACACCCAACUGAAGGAAAGAGGAAGUCACACUCUGACUGAGUUCAACAAUGUAAAGCAACACAUUCAUCAUCUCUUCAUUACUGAUGCGGUAUUUUUUAAUGAAUUGAGUAGUGAUGUUAAUUACAUUUUCUGAUUGUUGUUAUGUGUUUCCAUGUGAGUCCAUGUCAUGUCGGAUAACAGGAAAUCACACAACAAACAAAAAAACUUGACUUUUAUGUGAAUAUGAGCAGUUGGCACAUGGAUUUAAAAAGUUGUCAAAGUUGUUUUUGCAGAAACUGAAAAUGCUGCUCUAACACUUUCUAACAGUUGACCUGGAAUGACAGCUCAAACACUGAAAGUCAUAAUCAUGCUGUUUAUAGAGUUUGAAAAGGGUUUCAUGGUCUGGUCGUCUUUGCCUUUGUCACGUCAACUGUGUGUAUUAUUAAGACUGAGCAGCGUGUUGGUUAAACCACGCUGUUCUUUCUGAUCUGUUGACAUGUCUAACGACGCAUUUUAUAAGAACAGCUGCAGCUUUUAGACACACUCACUGUGGUCAACCAGCAACACGAUGCUGUUGAAGCAGACACACAGCAGAGUUCACAUACAUCAUAUUUAUGGUUUCAUUUGCAAACCAUACCACGGAC